GCUCCGCCCCCACGGCCUCGGCCUGGAUUUGCAGAGAGGCCCGCGUGUUGACUGGAAAUCGCGGAAUGGAUUUCCUUGCCACCCGGGCAGCGGCUCGUUGUGAUUUAAUGAGACACGCUGUAUGAAAGAUGGCCGUGGCGAGCUUUGAGUGAGAGGGUCCUGGGAACAAUUAGCGAAACAACAAACCGUCGACCGAAAAAAAAAGAUUCACUUUAGAGACGCGCGCUGGAGGAUAUUAUCGUGAACCUGGGGUCGCCCUGCCUGCUUUUGUGGGAAGUAGUGGUCUCUUCGCAUCCGAUGGAGUGCCCGCACCUUAGCGCCAGCGUCUGCAUCGUUCCCGAUUCCACUCGCUUCCCCAAUGGGUCGCCCUCCUCCUGGUGCUGCAGCGUGUGCCGUUCUAACAAGAGCCCUUGGGUGUGUCUGACUUGUUCAAGUGUUCACUGUGGAAGAUACGUAAAUGGACAUGCAAAGAAACAUUUUGAAGACUCUCAAAAUCCACCCAAUCUCAGAAAACUGGAAAAACAGGAAAAAGAAAAGCAAGAGCAUGUUGUGUGCAUGGACUGUAGCAGCUACAGCACAUACUGCUACAGGUGUGAUGAUUUUGUAGUGAAUGAUACUAAAAUGGGUCUUGUACAGAAGGUCAGGGAACAUCUGCAAAACUUGGAAAAUUCUGCUUUCAGUGAAAGACACCGGAAAAGAAAGCUUCUGGAAAGCUCAUCGUUGAACAAUAAAUUGUUAAAAAUCAAUGGAGGUACCUCAGUGCUGUGUGCUACAGGCCUCAGGAACCUUGGUAACACCUGUUUUAUGAAUGCAAUUCUGCAAUCCCUCAGUAACAUUCAACAAUUUUGCUGCUAUUUCAAGGAACUCCCAGCUGUUGAGUUACGCAGUGGUAAAACAGCAGGCAGAAGAAUGUACCACACAAGGAGCCAAGGAGACAACAGUGUUUCUCUUGUAGAAGAAUUCCGGAAGACACUUUGCUCUUUAUGGCAAGGAAGCCAGACUGCAUUUAGUCCUGAAUCCUUAUUUUAUGUUAUUUGGAAAAUAAUGCCAAAUUUUAGGGGAUAUCAGCAACAGGAUGCCCAUGAAUUCAUGCGAUAUCUUUUGGACCAUCUUCACUUAGAACUUCAGGGAGACUGUAAUGGGGUGUCACGCACCACUAUUCCACCGCAGGGAGCAGUGCUGUCUACAGGAAGCAAGUGCUGCAUAAAUGGGACUUCUACUGUUGUGACAGCAAUAUUUGGCGGCGUCCUCCAGAAUGAAGUUAACUGCUUGAUAUGCGGCACAGAGUCUAGAAAGUUUGAUCCAUUCCUAGAUCUCUCUCUAGAUAUUCCAAGUCAGUUUCGAAACAAAAGAACCAAGAACCAAGAAAAUGGGCCAGUUUGUACCCUAAGAGACUGCCUGCGGAGCUUCACAGAUCUUGAAGAGCUGGAUGAAACUGAGCUCUACAUGUGCCACAAAUGCAAAAAGCGUCAGAAGUCUACAAAAAAGUUCUGGAUUCAAAAGCUACCCAAGGUAUUAUGCUUACAUUUAAAGCGGUUCCACUGGACAGCCUACCUUAGGAACAAAGUGGACACAUAUGUGGAAUUCCCUCUGCGAGAUCUGAACAUGAAGUGCUUCUUAUUGGAGCCUGAAAACAUUGGUCCAGAAAGCUGCCUGUAUGAUCUGGCUGCAGUCGUAGUGCAUCAUGGAUCUGGCGUUGGCUCUGGACAUUACACUGCAUACGCAGCUCAUGAGGGCCGCUGGUUCCACUUCAACGACAGCACGGUCACCCUGACUGAUGAGGACACCGUUGUGAAGGCCAAGGCUUACAUCUUGUUUUACGUAGAACGACAGACCAAAUCGGGAUCGGAUGCCAAACUUUAAUACCUCGGGCACUGACGGACCGAUGCAUCCGGGCAUUGCAGACCAUCAAUGUGUGGCCCACCAUCCACCGUUCCUUUCAUGCACUUUUUUACUUGUUGCUGUUAACUUGAGUUUGUUGUGCAAGAGCUGGCUUUUCUCUUUUUAUAUGGAUUUAUUUUUUCUUUUUGUGAAAAAUUGUCACAAGAGAAGUUCAAGAUUAAUUGCUGCUUUUAACUCCAACCUUAGGAAUUACAUAUCUAAUUUCAGUUUU